AUGGAUGAUCAAGAAGAAAAGAAAUUGUACAACUGUCUAAAUGUAAUCAUUAAAUAUGUUGAUGAUGUUCUAAGACAGUUAAAUACUAAAUGUAAAAUCGAUUCGAAGACUACAACUGACACUUCAUCUACUUCGACCGCAACAACUACAUGCGAUGAUCCUCUGUUUGACAACUCAGUGCAAAACAACAAUGUAAACUCUUUUACUGUUGAUAUUGAAGAAGACGAAUUAUUGGACAAAUUAACUAAUGAUAUCCAAACUACGUUAAAAAAUGGUUUACCAACAUUGUCAACUCUUUGUAGAGGCUAUAUUGAACAAUUUUUACAUGAAUACCAUUUUGAUAAAGAUCAACGAGUGUUCACUGAAGCAUUGACAGCAAAUAUUCUAUAUAGUUUUCAGCAAAAUCUUAAGGCUCUAUUAAUGGCAGCAAAAGCUUAUCCAGCAGCGUAUAGAAACGAGAAAGAGACAGUUAAAAAGUUUCUUCGCCAACAUCCCGAUUACAAAGAUAAGUCGGGCUUUUGGGGAACAACAUUAUUAUAUUCGGCUGCACGAGGAGGCUUUAUUGACCUGGUUACAUAUUUAGUUGAAACUGUUGGUUGCUCUGUAAAUGCUCAAAAUCAAAGAGAACUAGCCUUUGCUUUGAUAACCGACAACGAUGCUGAUUGGCAAGAUCCGGCCAUUCUCGGCUAUGAUCCCGAUCCAAAAUUAGCUGCAACAGCACUACAUGCCGCUUGCUUUGGCAACCAUAUUCAAAUAGUUAAAUAUUUGAUCGAUAAAGGAGCGAAUUAUUUUCUAAGAAAUCAGUUAGGCGAAACGCCUAUAGACAAUGGAAAAGACUGGGAACCGAUUCGAAAUUUUUUUGAAGAUUACCUUAUACCAAAUUAUUUGAAUAGAUUGAAUCCUUCCAUACCUAGAGAAUCGAUUCUUGGUUGUCAUGAUCGUCAACCAAAUAAUUGUAUUUGGGAAUACAAGCUCGUAAAGGGAUUCGAAUGGGAAGAGUUUACUAUGACCGAACAUAAUACUUUAUCAAUUUCAUUGAUGCCAAAUAAAGGUGAUCAAUCGUUUAAUUCAACAAUCCAUCUGAGUAGUGGACAAAGCACUUACACGAUUAACUUAUUGACUUUCUACCGUGGAAGCAAAAAUCAAGAACCACAGCCGGCAGCCAAAGAUAGUGCAGCAUGGAUUCGAUGUCGAGGUUCGAGUAUAGCUAAUUUCGAUAUACAUUGCAUAUGGCAAUUAAUGUUUGUCAAGUGUGAAACAAGUAAUCCAUCGACAACAACUAAAACUUUACCACCACCACCAUCAUUAGAUUCUGUAACGAUUCCGUCUGUUUAUGACAGUAAAUUUCAGAUAAAACUAAAUAGUUGGUAUACAUGUGACAGUGAACUGAAUGCUUUGUUAGAUCAAUCGAUGAAUAAUAGACGAAGAUAUGUUGAUAUUAAUCAUAUUUAUAUUGGCCAAAUUCAAUGCAAUUUAUUUUUAUUCACAUUUGCUAACGAUGCUAAAACAAUAUUAGGAUUUGUUCGAUGGAUACCAAAAUUUAUCGUAAAUACUCCUCACAAUCAAACUUUUAUUAAGGAAUUAGAUAAUUUUCAAGCAGGAAAUCAAUCGAAUCCGAUUCCUUUGACAACAAAACGAUUGGAACAAUCGAUUCGAUCCAAGCCAAUCAGUGACGAUAAGGAAUCGGAUAUUGACUAUGGUGAUAAUGAUGAGACAGAAUCUGUCGUUGAAACUGAAGCUGAUGAUACUGACGAUAGUACGCAAUUGAUUGAUUCAGUUCCAAAUGUUGGCAAUUGGUGUCUAGCUGAUAUAGAAAAUAGUGAUUUCCACCAAAGUAAUAUGCAGAAUAGAGCUUUUCAUAUUUGUCUUUCAUCAAACAUUUUCUUUUUUAUCGUUGUUAUAGAUAACACAGAUUUGAUUAUAACUGAAUCGAGUUUGAUGCCAAACCUAUCAGAGAAUGCCGACGAUUACAUCAAUGAGCAUUCUCAUCAGUCCAACAGUGAAGUCGAACAGGUGAUAAUAAACAGUAUUCCUAAUAUUGUGAAUAAGGACGAGCUAGAAAAUAUGGCAGUAAAAGCUCGAUCCGCGCUGGAGAAUGAAAACGAACAAUUAAAAACAAAGUUGUUUGCAAUAGAAAGGCAACUUAGUGCACAAUGUAGAACUUUGAACGAAACUAGUACAACAAAUGAAGUAAUCUUGAAUAGCAUGAUUAGUAACUUAGAAGAAACACAAAGCAAGUUAAAUGAAAAAGUUCAACAUGAACAAUUAAUUAAUGAAACAGUCAAAGAUGUUUUGAUUGCCGAAUACACACUUCCGAAAUCGAAACAGUCAAUAGUGUUCAAACACAAUUUACUAUUAAACGCAUUGCAAAAAUUAAAUUAUCCUCACAAAACAUAUUUUCAAGAUACUAUUCCUAUGAUAAAUUUUGAUGAAAAAUAUGAAUACAAAUUGGUGUUAAAAGGUUUUCCAAUUCAUCACAAAGAAUUAAAAGAGACCUUUGCUCGGUUAGAAGAACUUUUUGAUCGAAUACAAAAAGCUGAAGAAUUCUUUGAACAAAAAACAAAUAGAAAACGUCAAUUAUUAAUUCGGGUAAUCGAACGAGUACGUCCGAUUAAUCAAAUCUACUGGAAACACUAUUGUGAUUAUUUAUUGAAAUUAGUCAGUGAAAAAUGUAAUGAAUAUGUUGAAGAAUUUAAAACAAAUAUGAAAAAACAUUCAGAUAAAAUGAUUAAUGAUUCUAUUGAGAAUUCUUCAAUUAAAUUUCGGCAAGAAAUCGGAAAAUUAACAAAUAGUUAUCUAGAACAGGACACAUUUUCUCAUGAUAUUAAUCUAUUGAAAGUCACCGCUUUAAACGCAUUUAUUCGUGAUCAUGUUCUACAUCAACAAAACUCAACAAAAGGAGGCGCACCAAACAAAACAUCAGUUUCAAUCUUGAAUCAGUACAUCGAUAGAAUAAGAAAACUACUCUCAACAAAAGAUGUCUAUCAAGGUUGUACAUUAGAACAUUUUCAAAUGAUUGUAUCAUUAUUACAAAGUAUUAUGAUCUAUUAUAAUUGCUUUCUAUUACAAUUACCUUUAUUCAAUGUAUCGAUUGAUCUUCUAAAACAAAUUGAGAACAAUACCGUUACAACAAUUGAAACAGCUACAGGUUCAGGUAAAUCGACACUUCUACCUGCUCUCUUAAUUGCUGAAGGUUAUGAUAAAGUAAUUGUUACACAACCAAGACGUUUACCAUGUUCGAUGAUAUCUCAACGUGUAAAUUCCAUGGUGAAGGAAGAUCUAACUGGAUGGGCAAUUAGUGGUGCUGAGAAAAAUGUUCGAGCCAAAAUUCUCUAUGUAACCGAUGGACUUUUGAAAGAACGUCUUUUGAAUGAUGAAAAUUUGAUAACACAAAAUACGAAACUUAACAAAUCAGUUAUAUUUUUUAUUGACGAAGUACAUGAACGGUCGAUAAAUAUUGAUUUAUGUUUGGCCUUAUUUGCAAGAUUAUUAAAAUUAAAUCCUGAUUUUAAAACUAAAAUGAAAUUGAUAAUCUCAUCAGCAACGUUGGACAGUAGUGUGCCAGAUUUAUAUAGAAAUAUUCCUGGAUGUACUUUGAGUGUAUUCAAUUUGACAUCAAUAUCAACGCGAUUUCCAAUAAGUGUCAAUCGUGUAGCCGGCGAAAAUAUUCUCGAUUUAGUACAACAAUUGUAUAGUAAACGCGUGCGUAAUGAACAAAUACUUUGCUUUGUUGGUUCAGUACAAGAAGUACAUGAAAAUUGUGCACUAAUCAAAAGCAUAACUAAAGGAGCCAUUAUAGCAUAUCCAUUGGUGCAAUCACAAUCGGCCAUUGAUCAAGAGAAACUUAUUGAACAGGGAACAUUAUUUUUUUCCACAACUGUAGCUGAAACAUCAUUAACAUUUCCAUGUUUGAAAUAUGUCAUUGAUACUGGUGUCAUCAAUAUGCCUGUAUACAAUAUAGAACUAGAACGAACUGAAUUAAAAGAAAUAAUAGCUGCCGAAUCGACAACCAAAUAA